GUCUGGCUGGCCGCGGGACGCAGCCCCUGUGACAGCCCUUCCGUGUGGCGGACUUGGCGUUUCUCUGUUGAAGGGUGCAUUCGUGUGUGCGGGCGUGUCACUCCUCACUCCGGUUUUGUGCCCGUGCCGCUUAAAAUGACUUGAAUCGCGCCGAAUGAAACCUGUUCCAGUACUGCAGGUGCUGGCCGACAAUUUCAGAGCUGGAAGAUCAAAGCUGAACGAGCUAAGAAAGUUGAAUUCAUAAGAACUGCAGAAAAGCUAAAAGCUCAGCUUGCAAAUAUUGAAAAAGACAAAACUGGACAUCUUUAUAACAGGAAGAGUGAUUUCCGGGUAGAAUACAGAUUACUAGAGGAACUGGAACACAGCAUGACUGUCAGCAGGAAAAUGGAAAAAGCUAAAAUCCUGCAGCAGCUAUCAAAAAUACAAAACAAUGUGAAGAGACUUCAGCAGCAAUUAAAAGAUGUGAAGCCUACACCAGAGUUUGUUGACAAGAUCAAGGAAAUGAUGGAAGAAAUUGAAAAUGCAAUCAAUGCUUUUAAAGAGGAACAGAGGCAAAUAUAUCAACAGCUUUUGAAAGAGGAAAAAGCUGUCAUUAAUGAGCUUAGUCUCUUCGAAAGAAAAGUGGAACUGUGGGCAUUAGGGAGCUCAGCAGCAGAAGAAGUUUGGAAAUUACCAUCAGCCAGGGUCACAGUUGAUAAAACACUGGAAAAUCAUCUACCCAAAGAAGUAGUAGAGUUUGAAAGAUUUCUUCAGCGAACAGGGGGGCGGCAAGGAGGCUGGGAUGAUUAUGAUCAUCAACAUUUUCUGAAAAUACGGACAAAAUACCGAGGAAGGCUGUCAUACAUGGAUAAAGCCCUUGAGUAUCUCAGCGGAAGAACAAAACAAGAUAUAGAACAACAUGACAAAUGGUAUCAAGAAUAUGUAAUUUUACAUGAAAGAAAGAAAGAGUCAAUUAAAAAGUGGAAAGAAAAGCAGCAGCAAGAAAAAGAAAGAAACUUGAAGGAGAAAGAGAAAUCAGAAAAAAUGCUCAAGGAAAGAUGGCUACAGCAUGAAGAAGCUCAGAAACAAAAAGUGGAAGAAGAAAGAAAAAGAAAACAAGCUGCAGUUGAAGUCUGGAAGAAACAGAAAGUGGUAGCAUUUGCAAUAGAUCAAGCAUCACAAUUAAAACUAGAAGAGAAAAAGAAACAAAAAGAGAGCCAAAGCCACGUGAAGUUACUGUUAGAAAGAAAUACUUUACAAAAAAAAGUAAAGGAGGAACUUGAAAAGCUUGAAAAUGAGAAGAGAGAGGAAACUGAAAAGCAGAGAAGGAAGAAAAUUGGUGUAGAAGAAAUUUCUAGGUUUCAAGAGCAUGAUCUACAUAAACUGGGGCUAAGGGUUCUACAGAAACAUGCUGAAGAGAUAGAGAAACAAGAAAAAGAAAAAAGAUUGGCAAAGUUAAGAGAGAAGGUCGAGAUUCGGGUCACCAGAGACCCAUCCGAGUCGAAGAGAGCUUCCAAGUGCUGGGAGGAACGCAGGCAAGAGGUGGCACCAACAGCUGCAGAACCGCUGUUGCGGGUUUCUCAGAGAGCUGUCCCAGCCUGGAGAGGAGGGUCGUAGCUGCGCGCCAGCCUGUCUCUGUCGCCGGACGAAGCAGCAGACAGCACUUCGCGGGAGCAGGCAUAGAGCUGGCUUGACCCACCGCGUGUAUUACCUCUGUAUUUUGGG